AUGCCCCCCUUUCCCUCCGCGGCCCAGCUCAUUGCCCAGUCAUCGGACAGGCCGUUCAGCGUUGCCUACAGGGAGUUCCUCCGAGCCAAUGGGAUCAACCCUAAAGGACCUGAUUGUAGUAAGAUCUCCCCUCUGUCUGUUCAGAUGCCUCACGAUAUCUCAGAGCAGCAGCCUGGCAGGCCCCACUGCCCAGAGCCCCAGGCCCUACAGAAGGACAGCAACAACACACCUCAGCCUGAACCAACACAGAACAACGCCUCGUUCCCCAGCUUUGUGGAUGUCCCAGGUCCGUGUGAGCCGGAGGACCUGAUCGAUGGCAUCAUCUUUGCUGCUAACUACCUGGGUUCCACACAGCUGCUGUCUGACAAGAACCCGUCUAAAGGAACACGCAUGGCCCAGGCGCAGGAGGCUGUCAGCCAGGUCAAGGUAGUCUAUUUAUUGCCUGCCUAA